AUGUCGACCACCAUCCCGCCCACAUACCCCGAGCCCGACUACGAGGCCGCCCACCGGGCGACCUACGAGCGCGCGCCGCGCCACCCCAUCAAGCCGGUGCUGCCGCCCGGGGUGCGCGAAGCCGACUUCACCAAGGCCAUCCAAGAGUUCAUCGAGGUGGUCGGUCAGGACGCCGUCUUCGUCAACGAGGGCCUGUCGGACUACAUCGACCCGUAUGACGUCCACGAGGCAGACGACAGCAAGCGCAAGGUGCCGAGCGCGGCCGUAUGCCCGCAAUCAACCGAGCAGCUGCAGCAGGUGCUGCGGAUCGCCAACGCGUACAAGAUCCCGCUGUGGACGUUCUCGCGCGGCAAGAACCUGGGGUACGGCGGCCCCGCGCCGCGCGUGAGCGGGUCGGUCGCGCUGGACCUGCACCGCAUGGACCGCAUCCUCGAGGUCAACGACGAGUUCCACUACGCGGUCGUCGAGCCCGGCGUCACCUUCGCCCAGCUGUACCGCUACUGCGUCGAGCACAAGAAGAAGGUCUGGCCCAGCACCCCGUCGCUGGGCUGGGGCAGCGUCGUCGGGAAUGUAUGCAUGCACCCUUUGCAGUUUGCACCCCCCCCACCCCUUUUGUUGGGUUGA